CCCCAGCCCCGGCCUCGGCCCCGGGGGAUGCCCCCGGCCGGCCCGCCCUCAUGGCCGCCGACGUCUUCAUGUGCUCUCCCCGCCGGCUUCGCGGCGGGGCCCGCCCGGUGCUGCUCAAAGCGCCGGCUCCCGACGACGACGACGACUCGGACACGGACGAGCCCUCGGCCUCCGCCGCGGCCCCCGCGGGCUCCGGCCCCUCGGGCGCUCCGGCCCGGCCUCGGCCCGGCCCCGCCGCCGCCCCCGCCGCCGGCGGGCCGGACGAGGACGAGGACGACGAGGGGGAGGACGAGGAGGCGGUGUCCGAGGAGCCCGGGGGGCGGCGGCGGGGCCGGCAGCAGAUCAUCCACAGCGGCCACUUCAUGGUGUCGUCCCCGCACCGCGAGCACCCGCCCAAGAAGGGCUAUGACUUCGACACGGUCAACAAGCAGACGUGCCAGACGUACAGCUUCGGCAAGACCAGCUCGUGCCACCUGUCCAUCGACGCGUCCCUCACCAAGCUCUUCGAGUGCAUGACCCUGGCCUACAGUGGGAAAUUGGUAUCUCCAAAGUGGAAGAACUUCAAAGGUCUAAAGCUGCAAUGGAGAGACAAGAUCCGGCUCAAUAACGCCAUCUGGCGGGCAUGGUACAUGCAGUACUUGGAGAAACGGAAGAAUCCCGUGUGCCACUUUGUGACUCCCUUGGAUGGCUCUGUGGAAAUGGAUGAGCAUCGCCGUCCAGAGGCCAUCACCACAGAAGGGAAGUACUGGAAACGUCGAAUUGAGAUUGUGAUCAGGGAAUAUCACAAGUGGAGAACAUACUUCAAAAAAAGGCUACAGAAACACAAGGACGAGGACCUAUCCAGCUUGGUCCGGGAUGAUGACCUGCUUUUCUGGCAUAAGAGUGGGGAUGGGUGGGACACCCCAGUCCCCAUGGAAGAGGAUCCACUCUUGGACACAGACAUGCUCAUGUCAGAAUUCAGUGACACCCUCUUUUCCACCCUUUCAUCACAUCAGCCAAUGGCCUGGCCCAACCCACGGGAAAUAGCACAUUUGGGAAAUGCCGACAUGAUCCAGCCGGGGCUAAUCCCUCUACAACCAAACUUUGACUUCAUGGAUACAUUUGAGCCUUUCCAGGACCUGUUCUCAUCCAGCCGCUCCAUCUUUGGCCCUACGCUUUCUGGACCUGCUGCUCCAACUGCAACAGACUCGAGUAGUCCACCAGCGCAGGGUCCCGUUCUGUCAGCUGGUACUCUGCCCACUGUGAGCCUCCCUGACAGCCUCAUCGUCCCACCAGGGCCAGCCUCCCUAAGCCCCACUGAAAGGCGGAGCUGUGAGCGUGGGCCACGCCUUGGGGGCCCUUUCAUCCAGCCCACAGACUUUGGUAGUCCUGAGCCACCACUGAGUGCUCCCCAGACUUUCCUCCCAGUGUUCCCAGGUUCCCUGCUCUCCCCCAGCCCGGCACCAACACCACCUUCACCUGCAAUGCCAUUAGUGCCCUCUCCAGGGGCUGCUCUGAGUGCCCAGGCUCCAUCUACUUUUCUGCAGUCACAGAAAUUUGGAGUUGGCAAGUCAUCCUCAGUCAUCACCCACACAGCCUCGGCCACACUCACCCACGAUGCCUCUGCAACUACUUUCAGCCAGAGCCAGGGCCUUGUGCUAACUGCACAGCAGCCAGCCCCACCAGGACCGCCCUGUAGCCUGACAGUGCCUCCAGCAGUUGGGCCGACCCCAUCUCGCCUGACUUUUGUCCACCCUAAAUCUGUGCCCCUGGCUAGUAGGCGGGCCAAACAACCUCCUAAAAUAGUGCCUGCUCCAAAACGUGAGCCUGUGUCCUUGCUGUUAAAGAAUGCUUAUAUCACCCCAGCUGCCUUUUCAGGACAACCCCAAGCAGUGAUUGUGACCCCUGGCCCUCUGAAGAGAGAAGGGGUAUUGACCUCUACCAUGUCCCAGACCAAUGUGGUCAUCGCCAGGGCUCCUGGUGUCACUGAGUUCCAUAGUGGCAUCCUGGUUGCUGCAGACCUUAGCCAUGCUGCCAGUAGUCAGCCCUCCCCCGCCUCCCGGCUCUUCUCCCCAAGUGCUGUUCAAGAGUCCCUGGUGAAGGGUGAGAAGAUCCCACUGCAUACAAGCAGUUCCCAGAUUGCCUCUCCAUCUUCCAGCCGAGACUGUCCGAACUCUGGUCAGGCCUCUCCUUGUGCAUCAGAACAAAGUCCCAGUCCUCAGUCUCCCCAGAACUGCUCAGGGAAAUCCACUACAGACCCCCCAAAUGUGGCUGCAUUCAAGAACCGAAGGAUGAAGCACAUUUCAGCUGAACAGAAGAGACGGUGCAAUAUUAAGAUUGGCUUUGGAACCUUAAACAGUUUGAUCUCCAACAACUGCAAACUGAACAGCCACGCCAUCACCCUGCAGAAAACAGUGGAGUACAUUGCCAAGCUUCAGCAGGAGAGGGGCCAGAUGCAGGAGGAAACUCGGCGCCUCCGGGAGGAGAUUGAAGAGAUCAACGCCACCAUCGUCUCCUGUCUACAGCAGCUCCCGGCCACCGGGGUCCCUGUUACUCGUCACCAGUAUGAUCAUCUGCGGGACAUGUUUGACGAUUAUGUGAAAAGCCGGACUCUGCAGAAUUGGAAGUUCUGGAUUUUCAGCAUCAUCAUCAAACCAUUGUUUGAGUCAUUCAAGAGCAUGGUGUCGACCACCAACUUGCACGAGCUCCAUCAGAGCGCUCUCUCCUGGCUGGACCAGCACUGCUCUCUCCCUGUCCUCAGGCCAAUGGUUUUGCUCACCCUGCGCCAGCUGAGCACAACAACCUCCAUCCUCUCGGACCCGUCUCGGUUACCAGAGCAAGCACUGGAGGCCGUCUCCAGAAUCGGCAAGAGGGCAGGGAAGUCGCAGCAGCCUUGAGCACGUGCCCCUGCUGUUAGCUCAGGGAUCCCUCCCUGUUGAGGGUGCCUGGCUCAAAGCCAGGGGUCCUCGACUUCUCCCAAAGCCCAGCUUCUUUGCGUCCCUUAGGACUUCCCUCUGAUAACGGUGUGCUGUUUCAGCAGAAAUACCCAGCUCAGGUUUGUAGCAGGUGCAGGUCCUGCCAACGGCAAUAGCCCAUCUGCUGGAACGCUGCAUGAUUGGGUCCCUGUGCUUAGUAACCUCAGACGUCAGCCUCCCUGGGAUUCAGACAGUGAGAGCUGGCACAGAAAAAGGGAAAUGUCUGUUCUUGAUCAGCCUUUGCCUCGCUGCUGACCCUGCUUCCUCCAGACUGGCUUCUCCAGACGGCUGAUGGUGCCUGCAGGAGCUGUGAUGGGGAAUAUUUUCAGGACAACGGAAGGGAAAGCAGCCGCCCCCAUUUCCAGACUUGGGGUGUGGCUUUUCUCUCGUCUUUGUUUAUGGUGAUAGGGAAGGUUCCUCUUCUCUGACUCCACCUCUCCCGAUGUAGCAUUUGGAAGAGGUCUGUCUGCCUGCAACAUCGAGGUAGUGACUUUGACACUCCUCUGUAGCUUGUAAAUACACUUAGACUUAUGUGCAGGUGGAUGCUGCUGCAGGGCCCCUGUUGUUACUGCAAUGGCGUAAGUUGCUGGUAGGAAGUGGGGGGAGAGGGGAGUGCCUUUGGGAACUCUCAGACUGGGCCUCAAGAACAUGUAGCUACAAGAUGUGAGAAGCUGCGAAACCAGGCUGGAAGAUGGUGGUUUGGGAGAGGCAGCAUGCCACAGAGAGAUGCAUGUAGCAUCAUGGACGUGAACAAGAACAGGGCCCUUUGGCCCUCACCUGGCAGCUGGGACCCAGUGUUUCCCUCCCUUGGUUUCCAAGCUACACUUCCUAAAGGGAUGGAGAGCAUUUCGUAAAAAUGUGUUUCUGUGAGAAGCCACUCUUCUUAAGUAGAGCAUUUGAAAAGCCAGGUUACAAUAUUACUGCAGUUGUCUUCAUUCUCAGCCUAGCCUCUAUCCAGAACUCAUCUUCUGGGAGCCCUAAACCCUAGAUUUUUGGACCAAAGAAAUUCCUGUGAGCAAAGUCUGAAGAAAGGGAACCUGUCUAGUCCCCUGUUGAAGUGAUUGAGGUUGUGGGAACUAGAAAUUCUUAGAUUGGAUAGUUCUCUGAAACCAUUUCUUAUCGGCCCCAUGGAUCAGGAGAUAAUUCUAAGUACCUGAUCCAAGUGAAGGGGAGGGCCAAGGAAAGGAAGGUCAGGGGUCCUUGUCCUUUAAUAACGAAUGUUGCACUUAUUGCACAUGUUAGGUCCCACCUGUAGAAAUUGGCCCAUUUGCAAGUGAACUAGCCCAGCUUGGUAGAUUGGGUCUUUUGGAGUGCAGAGAAAAGCCCUCCUUAGGACUGAAAGGAUUGGAAAUGUGCCAGGUGCAGAAGCUGGCUUCCCAGGCGGUCACCCCUCCAUCUGUGGCAGCUGUAGGUUGGGAGGGCCUUCCAUCCAGGUCACAGAGCUCUCCGGUGGUGAGUCACUGCCUUUCUAGAUGGGGCUCCUGCUGCUCCCUCCUUUUGCCUGGAGAAGUAAAUAAGACAAUUUGACCAUCCCUGGGAAAGUGCCCCAUUUCUCCCCCUUUAAAAAAAAGUAGGCCAGAAGCACUUGGCUGUAAUUGUGUCAGGAAGGUGAUAGAUAAGAGGCUGCUUCUCUCUCUAUCCAGCCUCUCUGCACUGAUUAGGCAGUAAGCAUAGACUCAAGAAGUUCGGGGUGGUCUUCUAAGCUCACAGUGGAUCAGCCUCUUCUCACCUCUACAUUUCCAUUGGAAUAUAGGUAGAACUGAGAGCGUUUUUUAUUUCCACCAUUUUGGGGCCUGGUUUAUGUAGAAGGUACUUGCUGCCUGUUGUUUCUCUGACAAAUGGGGCAUCCUAUUCCAGGCCUAGGAACACCUCCAUCUCUGGCCUUGCUGCCUGAUUGAGAACUUGUAGGUGGGCUGCAGCAGCAGCAAGGGUGCAAGGUUUUUUGGGAGUUAUCCACCCUUGGGUCUGCAAGGGGCAAGGGGCAGAGGGGAAGGAAAGGGCUUUUCUGAAAGGUGGGUCCUGUUCACAGUACUGAGCCCAGUUCCCAGAGGAGUUCACACUUAGUGUGCUGAAAGAAGGCUCACCCCUCAGAUAAGGGUCUAUGUGUGGGUGUGGGGGGGAUGUUUCUCUUCCAAUAACCUUCAUUCAAGUCAGCAGUAGAUCAUAAGGGAAUCCAGCCACCCACCUUUCCAGAUUUUGUUGUGCCCCUCAGAACAAGCACACAAGUGAGACUUGAGCUGCUCCUGGAAGUUUUUGCUGUUAAACCCAUAGGUCACAGGAUCAGACCCCUGUGCCUCACAGCCUACUGCUAGUUAGCCAGGGUGAAAAUGAACACGCCUUGGGCACCGGGGCAGCAGAAAACAAGAGGAGAAGUGGAUCAUGUCCUUGGUUUUUGUCUCUCCAGCUCAUCCUGCUCUGGGGCUACUGGGGAAGGACCCUGAGCAGAGUUGUUCUCAUCAGUACCAACUAGUGCCCUGAGCCUUUCUGUACCUUUGCUCUCGAACAGUGCCAGGAAUGCUCCAGAAGUGAGGGACAGGGAAGCUGACUUUAAACCUUCUUAGACUGUGAAAUUGGCACCUGGCUUUUCCGGUCUGCCCUUCCCUUCUGUUAAUCAGUGUUGUUGAACUAUUUAAGGCAGUAAGUAGGCUAGGUGUAUGUGUAUGUGAAUACUCAAAAAUUGUGUACUGAGGUGCAUGUUUUCAUUGUUUACCCAUUUACUUAAAUUCAUUUAUCCUGGUGCGUAACCAUGGUGAUCGGGAAGCAGGGUUCUACCUGGGAUUACUGAGAUUUUCCUUUGGAGUUCAUCUCUUACUGGGUCUGAAUUUGUCUUCUCUUGCCAACUUGCCAGGCAGGGAAUGGUUGAAAGUUCUAGAGUUUGGAUCUGCUUCAGUACAAGUUUGGGGAAAAUCUGGGGUUAUUUUAGCCAGCUGCCUAGGAAAAUAGACAGAAGGGAACUCCAACUUUCUAUCUAUGAUAUGUUUACACUCACUUUUCCCCUUUCUCUCCUUUUCUGCUGCGUCUUUUGAGGGGAAAAAAAAUCAGCUCAGAAAACUCCCCUCUGCCGCACAAAUCUCAGAGAGUGUUUUUCUAACGCCAUCUCUUUGAUCAGCAUUCUCAGUUCUUGUUUCAUGAUGAGCAUCGGAAGCGUGAAAAUGUCGGCCAAAGCAGAUGGGCGCCCAGUGGGGUUUUCUGAGCAUUCUAACUUUUCUGACUCCCUCCCAACCCAACCCCUUCCCACAUCCUUUCCACAUGGGUUUACAUAACCUGAAUGAUGUUUUAUUGUCUUCAUCAUGCUGCAGAAUGGUGGCCAGGUUCUUGUUUUCCACAGUACAAAUAAAUGUUCAUGAGAAGAGAAUUUCACUGAUAGAAAACCUGGGGGUGGAGAGAAGUGCUAGAAAAUAAGGCAUGUUUGAGGAGAGGAAUGCCCAGGGGUGCCAAAUAUGCCUAAUGCCAACCGGACCCCCAAGCCAGGCUGUGGAUGGUUGUCAGUCCUGUCCAGGAGAGCUCUCUCUGCUGAGCUCCUUCCAUCCCCUUGAGACCACAGCCAUUUUCUCCCUUUCUGAGACCAGCGAUGUGGGAGUUUCUGGAUCCCCUUUAGAAAUCGCCAUAAUUCAGGGCUUUGUCAAGGCUGGUCUUGUGUCCAGCUGGGCAGGGAAAGGAAUAUCAGCUACUUUCCUCAGAUACCCAAUGCUCAUAGAUAGCCCCCAGAAAAAGACUGGUCCACGUGUCAUGAAAUCUUUCUGUUCUCUGAAGGUGCCAACUUAGCCCUUUGUUUUCUCUAUAAGAGUCUUCUGGACUCAGGUAAAAAGUUGGUGGUCUCCCUGCUUAGUGAUGGGGCCCUGUGGGGAUUGCUAGGGAGCUUCAGGGGUAAGAAAGCAGCCUGCUUUUGUAAGGCUAAGAUACCUCUGGUGAUCACAUUGGCUCAUCACCUGCAGGCCUUUCCUCCCUUCUUCUCCAAGGGGCAGGGCUGGAGACAGGGUAGAGAUACCAAAGAACACACUUCAGGGACUCCAGAUUUCUUUAAUUUCCUGCCUUGGGUGUUACCUUGAUCCAGCAAGACUUCUUCCAUGUGACUAGAGCCCAGCUCUGUGUCUAGAAGGUAAAAAAGACGGAUUGAAUUUGCACUGAUAUCUGUAGACCUGUUCUGUUGUCAGCCAAAUUGUUUUCUGGCUUUAGAAGAGGCCAUGAGCUGUUGCGAAGCUGUCUGUCUCACUACUCUUGGUCUUUCGUAUCUCAUUUGCCACCAAGACAGGCCUUGCUUCACAGGCAAGACCACCACUGUGAAUGUACACCCACUGGCAAACGGAGGGCGAUGCUAAUGACCUACCUCUCCUUGGGCCGACACAACUUUAGAGUGCUCAGAGGCCCCGGCUUUUUCCUUAAAAGCUCUUAGUUCCUUUGAGUGUGCAGAAAAAUACCUGUGCUUUUCUGUUAGGGGCUUUCCAGCAAGGCCUGGAGAAAAGCAGCAUAUGUAUGUCCCAAUCCUAUACCUUAGAAGAGGAGCCCUUUCUAAGCUUGUGCCAGCACCUUCACCUCCAGGAGCUCCUUGCAUCCUCAGGGCAGCCCUGUCAGAAGUGCCCAGCAAGUAUGAUUCCCAUUUUACAGAUGACAUUGGGGGCAUGGCCUGAUUUUAGAAAGUGAAGGAUCCUCCUCACUGUGGCAUUGGUUCAGGAUUCCAGCUAAUUGAGUACGGUUUUUACCUUAUCCAAAAGGAAGAGAGAGGAAGUCUGGCUGCGUAUUUGAAGUAUUGAAUAAGCCACGUGGCCCACGUGGUGUCUGUUAAAGCCCUGGUCAAGAACUCUCAAAACUCAUAGCAUUUAGGCCACUUCGGUGCUUGCCUGUAUUGAGGAAAGAUGAGGGGAGUGGGUAAGACUCAGCCCCGUGGAGGGGCUACCCUACCGAGCUCUUACCAAAUAGGGCUUUUGCUGGUGCUCACGAAAAUCAACUUGGGGGGGGGGGGUUUGUCUUGAAUGUCUUCAUUUUUGUUUUUGUGUAGUUUACCUAAAUGGGAUUUUAUUUUUGUGUGACUCUCACCUCUCUAUGAGCACCAUACAACAACAUUUAGUCUCCAGCUUAAUCUUAGAUUGAUGAGUCUGAAAUCAAAGCAUGAGAAAUUUGAAAUAUUCUCCUCUGGGCUUGGUUUUUUUUUUUUAGUAGAGAUUAGGACAUCUCUGGAUGUAAGAGAUUUAAGGGGCUUAGGAGAAGCUGGAGUUUUAAAUAUUUCAAUAUUAAGAUUAUAGUUAAAAGGCACCUCAGAGGCCUUUUAGUCCAACCUCCUCAUUUUACAUUUGAGGAAACUGAGGUCCAGCGAGAUUAAGUGACUUACCCAGAGUUACACAAUAAGUGCCAGACCUGAAAACCGAACCUGGGUCAUCUAUACCAGUAGACUAUCUAUCAGCUAAUAAACCAGGAUGAAUGAGCAGCUGUCAGCAGUGAGAAGGGCUCCUGGUGACUGCAGAGCCUUACCCAGCACACCUCCCCAUGCUGUUGAUGGUUCUUUACAUUUCUCAGCAAAAGGAAAACUGAAUUCAGUGGCUUUUACUGUAGCACACAGUGUGACAAACUGUCACUUUUCUAGUUUCAGUUUGUUGCAUAAAUGGUUUUGUGAGUUUUGUCAUUUGUUUUUUUGUUUGUUUCAGGGUUCAUUUCAGUAAGUAAAUUUGUUUUGUGAUAGAACCUCAGAAAAUAACCUUUCCAUCCCUUUGUCUUUGUGUGGAAGACCCACUGCACCAUUCAUCACCCCCUCCAUUUUUCUGCUCUCCCAAAGCACAUUUCCACCAGCUGUAUUCAACACUACAAUGCAUUUUUUUUUUAUAUUUGCAGCCAAAACAAUAAAAACUUAUUUUUUGGAAGAGCCUGUGCUGUAAGGUGUGUGACUCUGAAAUGCGGCCUGUGUGGUGAUAAUAGAGAGGCAUGCUAGAACGAAUGAGAAAAACCCUCCUUCAGUGGUUGAUUGGGGGAGGGGAAAAUAAAGGUGCCCAGAUCCUGAGAG